UUCCCGGACCUGGCGGAGCUUUGAGAUGGGCCAAGAGAGGUAGCGUUCACCUGUAGGAACCUGCUUUACACAUUGUAACUGAAGAUUCGGAUUAUAAUCACCGGGAGACUUAAACACUUUUUUGUUGCGUCGUAUUAUUUAUUCUUUUUUUUUUUAUUUAAAGAAAGGAUUCUGUAACCUGCAUGGAGGGAUGUGGGCAUGGCUUGCACCAGGAGAACCAAAACUUUGGUGUCUACAUGCGUGAUUCUGAGCGGCAUGACCAAUAUCGUGUGCCUGCUGUAUGUCGGCUGGGUCACGAAUUACAUCGCAAAUAUUUACAUUAAAGUCCCUAUGCCGUUCCCGGAGAGAAAGUUAGAGGUGGGGGACCAAAGAGGAGACACUCUUCGGAUCAUGGAGAGACUUGAUCGCUUGGAAAAUGUGGUCAAUCAACACAUACAAGAGGCUCCAGGGCGAGGGGAAGAUGAGCAAGCAGACACAUCCUUCUCUGACUCGUCUCUCUUUGCUCACUGGGGUCAGGAGCUCAGUGCUGACAAUCGACGGGUGGCGCUCAAGAUGUUCCAGUACUAUGGCUACAACAGCUACCUCAGUGACCGUCUCCCUUUAGACCGGCCAAUACCAGAUCUCAGGCCUACUGGGUGUGGCAACCUCACUUAUCCUUUAAACCUCCCAAAAGUGAGCAUCGUGUUCAUUUUUGUGAACGAAGCUUUGUCUGUCAUCCUGAGGUCCAUUCACUCUGCCAUCAGCAAGACACCCUCCCACCUUCUCAAAGAGAUCAUUCUGGUGGACGACAACAGCAAUAACGAAGAGUUGAAGGAGAAGCUGGAUGAUUUUGUGUCAGAGACUAACAGCCAACGUCCGGGAUUCAUCAAGAUGGUGCGGCAUUCCAAGCAGGAAGGCUUGAUCCGGUCCAGAGUGAGCGGGUGGCGUGCUGCCACUGCACCAGUUGUUGCUCUUUUCGACGCCCAUGUGGAGUUCAAUGUUGGCUGGGCUGAACCCAUUCUUCAGAGAAUUCAGGAGGACAGAACUCGCAUAAUCUCCCCUUCAUUUGAUAACAUCAAGUAUGACACAUUUGAGAUUGAAGAGUAUGCGCUGUCUGCCCAGGGCUUUGACUGGGAACUGUGGUGUCGCUACCUCAACCCCCCCAAGUCCUGGUGGCACAAAGGCAGCAAAAGUGCUCCCAUACAGAGCCCCGCCCUGAUUGGCUGCUUUGUGGUGGACAGGCUGUACUUUGAGGAGAUCGGUCUCCUGGAUGAGGGGAUGGAGGUGUACGGUGGAGAAAAUGUGGAGCUGGGCAUCAGGGUGUGGCAGUGUGGUGGCAGCGUGGAGGUCUUGCCUUGUGCCCGUAUUGCCCACAUCGAGCGUGCUCAUAAACCCUACACAGAGGACCUGACAUCUCAUGUACGACGCAACGCCCUCCGAGUGGCAGAGGUCUGGAUGGAUGAGUUUAAGAGCCACGUCUACAUGGCCUGGAACGUUCCUCAGGAGGACUCUGGGAUUGAUAUUGGUGACAUCUCAGAAAGGAAAGCUCUGAGAAAGAGGUUGCAGUGUAAAACUUUCAGAUGGUACCUGGUCAACAUCUACCCUGAGAUGAGGAUGUACACUGAAACCAUCGCAUAUGGCAUACUGAAAAACUCCCUGAAGAAUGAUCUGUGUCUAGAUCAGGGACCUGACAAUGACAACAUUCCCAUCUUGUACCUUUGUCACGGAAUGACACCGCAGAAUGUGUACUAUACUAGUACUCAGCAGCUCCUGGUGGGCCUCCUCAGUCCCACUGUUGAUGACGAUGACAACAAGUGCCUGGUGGAUGUGAACAGUAGACCGCGCCUCAUCGAGUGCGGCUACGCCACAGCCAAACGCAUGAAAUUAAACUGGCUCUUCACUCAGGGAGGAUCCAUCCAGAACAAGAAAUCAAAGAGAUGCCUGGAGUUGGUAGUGAGCAGUGAUACCGAGUUCGGCUAUCAACUGGCUCUGCAGAAGUGCACCGGACAGAAAUGGUUCAUUACAAACGUGUUGUACAGCAAUUCACUAUGAGAACACAUGACGUACUCUGUGUGUAUGUGUAUGUGUGUGUGUGUGUGUCUGCAAGUGUGAUGCUGCAUUCCAGACAGUUGGGAAGUAGGACGUAUCCCACUUGGAAACAUCUGAACGAAAACAAAAAAACAUGGUUGACGACCACAAUGAGUAUUUAGCGUUAAAUGUAGAAUUAUUUCCCAUUAAUAAUAAGAUUUAAAUCAUGCAGCAAAUAUUUUUUAAUAUUCUACAUUAGUUAUUCUCAUGGCAUUGAAUCACUCACAACUGGACUGUUCAGGUUGUCUUAGAAAAGGUUCUAUGUUCCAAGACGACCUGAACAGUCCAGUUGCGGUCUUUAUUAUAUUUUAGUUGUAUUUACUGAAAGUUGCUAACUAAUAUAGAGUGCCUGUGAACAUUGUAAAUACAACUCAAAUAAAAUAAAGUAAAACUACUACCCCUUGCAAAACACCUUGGAACAGGAAUGUGUUUGCGGAGCAAUACUGUCACCCAGAGGUAUUCUUUAGGUAAUUCAUCCUUUAUUUAACCAGAUAAACCUUAUCGAGAUAAAAAAUAACUUUAACAAGACUGACCGACUAGACGUGCUGUCUCUUUAUAUGUGACCAAAUAACAGCAUGCAGUGUGGCUGUAUUGCCAGUUCACACCGCUUUCCAUGUAAACAUGUUCGUUCGUAAAUCUGUUCGUUCAGUUUCUAUCCUCUUCAUGUUCACGACUCAGCUGUGGCCAAUUCCAGCUGACUUUGGGAGAAAAGCAAACUACAACCUGGACUGGAUAAAUGCAAAUAUGAGCAAGAAUUGCUCCAGCAAACUCAACUUCCAGCAAAGUUCCAAUGCACUUUUUCUUGACCAAGGGGGAAAAUGUCUUCCCUGUUUUCUGGAAUGCAGCAGAAGAACAAACAGAAGUGGAUGAGGAUGAACUUUUAAAUUUGUAUUUUAAGCGCAUUUGAUGAUUAAGUAACAUCACUUGGCGAUUGUAAAAACUUGUAAUGGAUCACUGAUAGAUAUUUUUUAUGACAAGCUGGUGUACUGGGUCCAUUUUAUGGUAAAAGCAGUACAGUCAGUCAGUUCCUUGACUCUAAAAUAUGUACUGCGUUAAACAUGUUUUGUUCAUAACUGCUACUGUGUAGCAAUCUCUUUCUGCUGUAAUUGCUUUCUUUUAAGGUCUCAGGUUUAUUAUGUGAUUUAGCUGUACAGUCGAAGGGGCAAGGUGGGACAAAUAAAAAAAAAUGUUUAGAUUAUUUUCUGAUUGUUAAUGACCCAAAUAUUUGUAAUAUAUAACAGUAAAGUCACUGCUUUAAACCAUUAA